UCACAGUGUCCCCAACCACAACAGCAAACAAAGACUUUGUCACCUGAAGCCUCGCCUUGAGAUGGUAUUUUAUCCAACCCAAAAGCAACAAACGCUGACCAAAACACAGCUCAUGAUCAGCAGCUACCAUAGCCGCACUCUGUUACCAAACCAGUGUGGCUCGAGCCUUCUCCAAACCAUCGACGCGCCCCUGCCCCUGGUCUGGUCCGUCCUCCGCCAAUUCGACAAGCCUCAAGCCUACAAGCAGUUCAUCAGGAGCUGCAGCAUGCGUGCCGGCAAUGGAGGCAUCGGAAGCAUCCGGGAAGUCGUGGUUAAAACCGGCUUGCCGGCGAAAACCAGCAUGGAGAGGCUGGAUGAGCUCGACGACAACAUGCAUGUCAUGCAAUAUAGCAUUGUUGGUGGAGAUCACAGGCUUGCAAAUUACAGUUCUACCACUACCGUGCACAGAGAAGAGGAAGGGAAGACUGUUGUGAUUCAGUCGUAUGUGGUGGAUGUGCCUGCCGGGAGCAGCGAGGAGGACACUUGUUUGUUUUCUAAUACGAUCAUAGGCUGCAAUCUCAAGUCGCUGGCUAAAGUCACAGAAAAGAUGGCUGCUAAUAAUUAAUUAGCUUGUAGGCUUAAGGGUUUUUAAUCUUUUUUUGGUUAGAGGUUAAAGCUGGUAAUUGUAAUUACUUAUCUGAGAGUUCCCCAUCUGGCUUGUUAGAUAUUUUGUGCAUGGGUAGUGCGGUUAAUGUUGACUUCUUUCUUGCUGUAAUAAAUAUGUGAUUUUACUGCUA